CUGAGGACAGAGAAUGUCUAGCCCUUGGCUCCAUAUUGGGGGAGAAGGUCCCCCAAAGAGAAUACGGUCCUGAUUGGUGUCUGCUGCUUGGUUGAACAUUCAGAAAUUUAAAUGGUUCCUCAUGGUGUGGAGCAAGGGUGUCCAGUAGAGCAUUCUGUGAUGGCAGAAAUGUUCCCUAACCUGUGCCAUUCAGAGCAGUGGCCACGAGCCACAUACAAUUAGUGCACACUUGGGAUGUGGCCAGUGAGAAAGAAGGGCUGAGCUUUUGUCCUAGUUAAUUUAAAUUUAGUUGCCACACAUGUCUGUGGCCACCGUAUUGGACAACAUGGGUCUGGAGCAUGCACGGUCAUUCUAGCCCAGCAUUCCAGACCCUCCUCCAGCGGUCCACAUGGCCUCCUUUGUCACAUGUCAGGCUGCUGGCUGCAGUUGUCACUGCCGCUAUGCCUUUGUUCCUGUGGUCUUGUUUCUGGAGCAUCUCUCUGCUUGUCAGAAACCAGUGGACAAGCCCCCAUCUUCAGAGCCUCCCCUGAUUAUCCCCAAACAGAGAGGCCCCUGUAUCUGCCCUCCCUCCUGUUGUGAAGGGUGGAGUCCAUCACUGCUGCCCACAGCCCAUGCACUAGGCCCCGUGGCCUUUACACCAUUCGUCAGAUUCUGCUGUGCUGUAGCCAGGCUUGGGGGGUAGGUGGCCCUUCCUUGACUCCAUGUCCCUGCCAGGUGCUGCCCUGUUCCUGUCACUGCCACAGAAACUCUCAGAAGGGUUGUCUGGAUUCACUCAAGCUUUUUCUCCACCAGAGAUGAUUCUUGUUAAGGUCACCGGUGACCUCCAUGUUGCUCUGCAGGCUUCCUGCAGUCUGCAAGGCACCAUGAAUGCCAUCGUUGCUCUCUGUCACUUCUGCGAGCUCCAUGGCCCUCGUACUCUCUUCUGCACGGAGGUUCUCCAUGCCCCACUUCCUCAAGGGGCAGAGGACAGGGACAGCCCUGGGCAGGGCGAGCAGGCCGAGGAGGAGGAAGGCGGCAUUCAGAUGAGCAGCCGGAUCCGCGCGCACAGCCCAGCGGAAGGAGCCAGCACCGAGUCCAGCAGCCCUGGGCCCAAAAAGUCAGACAUGUGUGAGGGCUGCCGGUCGCUGGCUGCAGGACACCCAGGGUACAUCAGCCACGAUAAAGAGACCUCAAUCAAGUACGUCAGUCACCAGCACCCCAACCACCCCCAGCUGUUCAGCAUUGUCCGCCAGGCCUGUGUCCGGAGCCUGAGCUGCGAGGUCUGCCCUGGCCGUGAGGGGCCCAUCUUCUUUGGAGACGAGCAGCAUGGCUUUGUGUUCAGCCACACCUUCUUCAUCAAAGACAGCCUGGCCAGGGGCUUCCAGCGCUGGUACAGCAUCAUCACCAUCAUGAUGGACCGGAUCUACCUCAUCAACUCCUGGCCCUUCCUACUAGGGAAGGUCCGGGGCGUCAUCGAUGAGCUCCAGGGCAAGGCACUCAAGGUGUUCGAGGCAGAGCAGUUCGGGUGCCCCCAGCGUGCUCAGAGGAUGAACACAGCCUUCACGCCGUUCCUGCACCAGAGGAAUGGCAACGCUGCCCGCUCACUGACGUCACUCACCAGCGAUGACAACUUGUGGGCGUGCCUUCACACCUCCUUUGCUUGGCUCCUGAAAGCAUGUGGCAGCCGACUGACCGAGAAGCUCCUAGAGGGUGCACCGACUGAAGACACCUUGGUCCAGAUGGAGAAGCUCGCUGACUUAGAAGAGGAAUCAGAAAGCUGGGACAACUCCGAGGCCGAAGAAGAGGAGAAAGCUCCUGUGCUGCCAGAGGGUGCAGAAGGGCGACAGCUGAGCCAGUGCCCGGCAGGGUCCUCCUCACUGUCAGGCCGUGGGGGCUGGCAGCCCCGAAAGCCACCAGUCUUCAAGUCCCUUCGGCACAUGCGGCAGGUGCUGGGUGCCCCAUCUUUUCGCAUGUUGGCCUGGCAUGUUCUCAUGGGGAAUCAGGUGAUCUGGAAGAGCAGAGACAUGGACCUUGUCCAGUCAGCUUUUGAAGUUCUUCGGACCAUGCUGCCCGUGGGCUGUGUGCGCAUCAUCCCGUACAGCAGCCAGUACGAAGAGGCCUAUCGGUGCAACUUCCUGGGGCUCAGCCCUCACGUGCAGAUCCCCACCCACGUGCUGUCCUCAGAAUUUGCUGUCGUCGUGGAGGUCCACGCAACCGCCCGCUCCACCCUCCACCCAGUCGGGUGUGAGGACGAGCAGCCUCUGAGCAAGUACGAGUUCGUGGUGACCAGCGGGAGCCCUGUCGCCGCAGACCGAGUCGGCCCCACCAUCCUGAAUAAGAUCGAAGCGGCUUUGACCAACCAGAAUCUGUCUGUGGACGUGGUGGACCAGUGCCUCGUCUGCCUCAAGGAGGAGUGGAUGAACAAGGUGAAGGUCCUUUUCAAAUUCACCAAGGUGGACAGUCGGCCCAAAGAGGACACGCAGAAGCUCCUGAGCAUCCUUGGCGCGUCUGAGGAAGACAACGUCAAGCUGCUGAAGUUCUGGAUGACAGGCCUGAGCAAGACCUACAAGUCGCACCUCAUGUCCACUGUCCGCAGCCCCACCGCCUCGGAGUCACGGAACUGACCCCCCACCCACCGCACACAUCUUCUGGAAGUGGUGCUGGCAGUCCACAGACUGUCCCCAGCUCUGUGAGAGGAGGGGCUGUCCUUUGAGUUUCUGAGCUGCUGGGAUGGAGCAGUGUCCUUCCUAAGAAUGGGAACUGUUGGGGUUGGCUCUGCCCUCUGGGAUCCGGGGCCAGUGCCAUUCUCAGCACCCUCCCGCCCGCUGUGGGAAUCGCCCCGCUCUGAGGAAGGCAGUGGGAGGCGUAGGAACAACAGGAUCCCUCUGCGUCCGCGCUCCUGUGAGAGAAAGGCCGCAAGGAGCGCUGGCACCUAAGGCCUCUCAGAUGUAGACGUCAAAACCCGUAGGAGAAACGGGUUGGGCCAGUCCGACAUGGGUAUUUUAGCUGCAGUAACAUACCCUCUCUCCAGGUUAAUAUUCAAACCUUUCCCAUUCUGAAAUUAGCAAGAGUCUUAUCAGUUUUGUGUUUGAGUGCACGUUUUGCUACAGUUGUGAGUAUUCAGGACAAAUGCCGAUCUUUAGUCAUUUCUCGUCAUCUGGUUCCGAGUCAGGGCUCCGCAUUAAGGCUUUUGGGGGUGAAGUGGAUCUUUUCCUCACCUUCAGGUCCUCUGAAAUUCGUCUUCUGAAGUCAUGGGACUUGUCUUCUGAGGUGUCCCCUGCCAUCGCUGGUGACAUUAACCUGUAUCUGGUCGGUGGAGCCCGUGAUCAUUUUUAUUCAAUGAUUAUACUUUGCUGAAGUGUCAGAUCAAGCUGUCUGACUUGCCCAAUUCACUGUCUAUGGUGAGACCCAUAGUUUUACUCUAUAUCCCUUUUGCUUUUAUUGCUGCUUUCAACAUUUACAUUUGGCUGCAGUUAACAAUUUUUAGAGUAUGAUGAUUAAUAUAAUUUCAUCAUCUCACCAUAUAUAUAUAAGUGUAUAUAUAUAUAUAUUUUUUUUUUUUUUUUUAAGAGAUAGGCUCUUGCCAUGUUGCCUAGGC